UUUGGACGCUGCUUCGACGUCAAGAAGGGUCUGAAGUCCGCCCUCCUCGGUUUUUUCCUGCCUUUUACCUCACAAGGCCUAUCCAGGUUCGUCAAGUUCUGUGAUUUUUUUCCGUCAUAUUAAUGAUUUCUUGUCUGUGUAGAUCGUCGAGCUGAAACAAAAGGAAAAUUAACCUGCCAAGCCCUUCAUGCAAUGAAAAUAAAUGCAGGGAAACAGCGUGUCUUGAAAUUACAGCAGCAUUCAAAAUCUGGUUAAACCUUUGUUGAGUUUAAGUCUGAAAUAAUGUUUCGAAAACUUAAUAAAACCAGUAUACCUUCUAACCUCGUCCAGCCCUGGAACUGUGAACUUAGCUGGUUUUUGUUUAGACUUGAAAUUAAUCGGCUUCAUCGAGAGACGAUAUUUAAUAUUUUCUCGCAUGCAGGCCGCCUUUUUUAUCGCACCUAAUAUAAAUAACAUAUUUUUUAUACGUGGCCAAAGUUUUUCUCUGAUGUAUUGAUUCAACGCUCUACAGCCGACUGAGCGGGGGAACUAUGAUGAAGAUGCAAAUAACGUACAUUUAAAAUUUUACAUAAAAAUAUAUUAACCGACUGAGAUAUGUUCUUUUCAAAAUAUUUUGUUACAAGCCCAUUUUUCUCAUCUUCCGAUAAAGUGAUUUUUAAUCGCUGGUUAUAGCACAUUCUAGAUCGAGCUGUCUAGCUAUUACUGAUCUGCACAGCCCUUACGGCGCAUUCGUAAAGACGACUGACCGACCAGCAGCGUGCAGAAUCUCACGCCAAUCGGGCGAAUCUCGACGGAUGUUUUUGUCUUUAUCCCACCCAAUAUCUAAACGCUGUGUUUUGUGUCUCUUGUGGUAAAAUUUAUCGACGUAAGUGUUGGUUCGUGACGUUAUACACCGACGAGAAAAAACCGAGACGGAAAAAGAUUUAAAAGGAUAGAGACGUUUCUAACAGGUAUUGUCAUGUUAAAUGGUGGCUGCCCGACUUCGAUCCUUUGUCUGCUUCGUUGCCUUCAAAGCCUCUUUUAGCGUCGCCUUUGUAUUUGCAAAGCUGCUUGUUGUGAGAACAGUUACAUUUAACACUUGGACUUUCAAAGUAGGUAUACUUACCGAGGAUCCGUUAUAACACCCUAGAAGCCAGUCGAGGAAUUAUAUACUACACAAUCUAAUCGGAUACUUCUAGCCCUUUCUACAUGCAAUUAAAUGAUUCCGUCAACUGCUUCUCAGUUUGCGUUGCCUGAGCUUAACUAAACGUUAGUUAGUCGUAUUGACAGCUUGGAGGAUUCAGUCGUGUUCGUCGCUUAAACCAAGACUCUCGCUGGACUAACAAAAUUCUGGCCUCCGCCUAAAUUGAAAGAAAAAUUAAGAACUGUAGAUCCUUCGACCGCAGUUGGGCAUACCUCUCCGCUCGGCUCCCUUGAAAUAACGGUAUCUAGGUAGUUUCGUUUCUGAUAAUGAUUGCUGCAUUUGGGUUUCAAACAUUUGUGGGAUGAUUUUUAUUAGGUCUCUAUAUCCAGUGAAUCAGCUUCGUUUGACUUAUCGAGAAUACGAGCUUCUUAGUGUUAUUAACCCGGCUGCUACUGAGUUAAAAAGCCUGAGAAACAACACUGAGGUCUUCCUGCAUGCAGGCAAAGAUAGAGAGUAGGUAGGCCACGGUUUUCUUUUUUCUUCACUCCAGGUUGUAAACUAUUGGCGUUUGUUUGAAUGUUCGAGAAAUACGAUUUUUAUCGACAAACCCAUCGUCUUCAAGUUACAGUUAUAAUUCUGACUCAGUAAGUAAACUGUAUUCCACGUUUGUCCACAUUAUGAUUCAGGAUCAUGUGGUAGUAGCGUUUACGUUAAGAUCCAUCAUUUUGACAGAGGUUUACUGAGCCUUUUACUCAAAAGAGUACCGAGUCCAAAUUCAGAACAAUUCCCAAAUUCAUUUGGCAAAAUGUUGCAAAACAAAUAGCAUCCCUUUAAAAGCACAAGAAAGCAGUGCUGAAGAUGGUUACACCGCAGGAUUUUUUCCACAGUCUGAAAACUUACAACUGCAUUUCAUCUUUUUACAUUAAUUUAAUUGACUCUAGCCGCGAAUAGGGUUAAAUUGUUUCCUGACCCAUAGCUCCGCUAACAGGAACUUGUUUUAUGACAAAGAAGGUUCUUUUUCAGUGGAGCAUUGAAGUUAUAAACUGUCAAGCCACUUACUGUAUUCUCUCGUUGGCUAAAGGAAGACGAUCCAGGAUUGAAAGACGAUCUUAAAAGUCUACCGGAAAAUGAAAAAUCAAGCUUUCUUGGUGUAUCGCAGUAGCUAUUUUUUUUAAAUAGCCACAACUGAAGAUUGAACAUUAAAGACGGUUUUAGGUGCCUGGUACCGCACGGCAAAAAGAACUGAGAUAGAAGCAAGCUGCCAUGUGGUAAUUUUAUAACAAUCUCACUAGUCUUCCUACCCGGAUUGUAUUUUAUCUGCAAAGCCGAGCCCGGCCAGAGUCAACUUUGUAACAAAACGCAAAAAUCGAGCUUGUAACGUUCUUUUGAAUAGUCUCACUUCAGGAUUUCCUUGACAGAAACAAGGUGGCACACUUCUUGUAAAUUGAGGAACAUUUAAAGUCUGCAGAAGGUUAAACCAAUUUGGAAAGCACGAGUGUGAUUUAAGUAAUAGAGUCUUAGAUUUUAUCUAAAUGUUCCAGAAGUUAUCAUUGACUGCCUUACUGACAGAAGAAUAAACAUCAAGAAACAAAGGCAGUGUUUAUUUAAGUGCUACCUUUCUAAGCAAGCUUGCAAUGUAAUCACAGGUAUAAAGUGUUCGCAUCUUACCCAGGUCAUGCCAGGUGAGCUCUGGAUGAUUGAGUUAACUGUUCACAGAUUGGAAGAAAUGCCCAUUAGCCUAGCUGAAAUGGCAAAGCCCAGGACUUCGUUCUGAAAACCCAAAAGCAUUAUCAAAGCAAAACAACUCUCGCACACGUUCUCUGAGGGUCCAACUUCUCAUCAAUUAGGAAUCGUAUACAUUGAAACUAAAAAGGUAACUCUGUGGUGUCAUGAAUUAUGAAAUACUUCACUAGCAAUGGUCACGUUUUAGGAUUAAACAGAGUGACCCUUUGGGCGGAACCUCUUUGCACAUCGACAAAAGACGCUGAAUAACUUCUUAAUGCCGGGUCAAAGAAAGACAGGCCUCACGGAACUACAUAGAUCAAUUUUAGAGUACAAGAUAAUGCUUUCAAGAGCAAGAAAAGAAUUACACUCUUCGUGAUAUCGCUGUCAUAGAGGAGUUGGCAACAUCAAAUGCUUCCAUGCAAGGAGCCACACAACACAAUAACAACGCCCUGUUUUGAUUUAAAUCCUUAAAUCCAAUUUUACGAUCUCAGUUAAAGGCCAAACAUAAUGUGCAAUCGAUAUCCUUCCUAUCGAGGGAAUGACUGAGUUACUUUUAAAGAAAUUUUUAAGCCACGGUGUUCUCUUCGAAAUUUUCGUUCUGAGUCAGUGUUAUGAUCAAUUGACAGCGUUAGACUGCUUGAUAGUUAUUUGCCUAAAUUGAGAAACUGCCAAGUCACAAUAUAGCUAUAUAACAUUGUAAUUUUAGUCGCAAUAAAAACAUUGCUGUUAUCCUGUCUCAAUGAAAAUACGAUUCAUGGAGAUGAUAUUAUUAUACUCCCAUUUCGUUAAAGAGUUAAAGCUCGUAUCAAGACGUCCAAAGGGAUUUUCUAGAUCAUAGAAUGGAGACCUACAAACGUCCGUAAGCAGAUCAGUAUUAUGUAAAGUGAUGGUCUUAUUUUCACGAAAUCCGCCGGUUAAAGGAAAAUUAAUGUAUGGUAUUCUAUUCACACGAUUAGUAGCGAUAGAAUAACAGCAAAGCUCGAGGUGAAUGUGUACUGAGAAUGAGAUAAUAAGCCGCAACUACUAACGCUGAUGUCGACUGCCCAAAUGACAGCUACAGUGGACCACCAUGUGUAGACAUUUUAUCGUUUGUUUGAAAUGUGGAAGCACUAACAAGCUUAUAUUUACUAACGUACACGCUCCAGGAUUGCUAAAUCCAACUACAUGCAAGACCUUGUAAAAAGGCUAAAAUUUACUAAGGAUUAUAAGUCACUGUGUCUCAUCGGUCAGAGGAUCAGGGGCACCCAGUGACGGUUUCCUCCUAAACACAUUGAAAACACUUUUUAGGCUGUCGAGAGUACUUUUAGAUAUCUAGAAAUACAUUCUAAGCGGCGCUUAAAAUUUGUAUCUGUUCGGUCAUCCUUUCUCUGUCAUCCUAUGAGAACUUGGGUCUUAAAAGGGCUUGGGUAUUAUUUUCCCUCAUAUUUUAGAGGCAAUUUAACGUAUUACGAAAGUGAGACAUUUUCUGAUUCCUCUCACCAUCACAUUUUUGAGUCCGAAAGUUUUAGGUUCCCUUUAUUCUACGAAAAGUAGCCUAACCUGAGGUGGGAAACUUAGAAAAUCGUAGGGAAUUCAUUAGAUAAGCUUCGAAAGUAGUAUAUGAGUGGAACGGUUAUCUAGAAAUAUUUAGCCGUCCUCAAGUAAUCGGAAUAUUCUAGGCAAUAUUUACUUCUCCGAACAUAUAUUUUACAGAAAACAAUCGUUGGGCGCUCCUGAGAAGAUUUUGCAUCUCGAACAAAACUGAGUUUAUCCAAAGUGUCAAAAGAUCUCCAUGCAAUGGAUGUAAGACGUUCUACUCAAAUAUGGCGGGAACGAAUGUAGUACAUGUAUAAUCAAGUGAUUAUAUCAUUUACUUCGCGUGUAUUUACAGCGAUAGUGCAGAUGUUCCGAGGGGCGAGUGAUAUUAGACAUAGUAAAUCGAUUUUUAAAGCAUUGCAAACUUAAAUACGAUUGCGAAGACCAGUGUUUACAUGAAUAAGACAACUGAGGGCGUAACAAAACAGAGUGGCACGAACCUACUUCCUUUGAUAGUGACAUCCGAUAUUAAUAUACAACCGGGCAACUCAAAAUUAUUGUAAUAACUGUAAAAGAACUAGGAAUGAGAAUUCGUAUUUUGAUAUACGGUGUUCGAGAUCGAAGUGGUAUAUCUAACGGUAAAGCUUGGUAUAAAUAAGAAAGAAGCAACCUGUUGCAUUUUCAUCAGUUUAGUUUUGCCCAAUUCUCUCGUGUCGUUGUGAAUCACUUACGCAUUCAGACAUAAACCACGAAAUAAAAUCCUUCUAAAACAUUUGUUUACUAGGUUUAAGUGCAUAUGAAACUAUUUUUAUAUAUUCGCAUUAGCUGCGUCAGGGCAUAGAACGUUCUAGGCCAUUUGAGGGGACAGAGACACCUUCUGAGCGAUUUAGAAAUCGUUCAGUAGAACGUCAUGCUUAGAUAGCUGUGCUUAAAACAUCCCCGGUUGUGACUGAUACGACAUCUUUUAGGAAGUGAAAAAGAAAGCGAUCUGUCCUCAAAAUCUCAUUGUAGAACAGUUUAACGACUGGCUGAUAGACUAUACUGCCUAUAAAAGUCUGAAAGUGUUCAGUUUUCACCAUUUCUUUCAUUACCCCUCGGGGAGGCCAUUGAAAUGGUGACAUCGUGAUUUUAAAGAUCCAGGCGGUCUUUUUAAUAGGACAGUGCUUUCUUUAAUAUUUCCUAGGAUCAUCCCGUCUUUCAUUCCCUUGGGACACCGCCCUCGUGUCUCGAACGCUUUUAGCGUACCCGGAAGUGAAGCGGGACAGAAGCGUCACAUUCCAAAAUGAAGCGAACGCCCGAUUUUUUCUAGCCAUACAGGUUGUAGGAGCUAAAUUCUGAGAACUUGAUUUGUCUCUUGAAAUUGUGAUGUAUUCCAUCGUGGUAACGGAGGCACUGAGGAUUUUGUCAAGUUGGCACAUUAGUAAGUUGCUAAUUCAGUUAGUUUUGCAGUGAGGUUCACCAUAUUCCUAUCAUCUUUCCUUAAAUAAUUUGACGAAAGAAAACUAAAUAUCACGUACCUCCUUUUUGGACGUAGACUCUUUUAACAUCCUGCUAAUUAAGAUGCAAUAUGGGAAGUACAUGAAGAAGGAGCAUGAAACUUGUACCCUCUCGUUUGCCAGGGCUGUCGAGUUCUAUGCUCUAGCUUAAAUUGUGCAAUCAAUAUGGUUUCUUGCUCUAUUUUAGUGCUUAUCGCUGACGGCAGUCAGUCUUUUCUCCAACUUUUCAUUGCUUGUCUUUCCUGAAUUAUCGAAUGUCGUCGGUGGGAGAUAUGCCGCUGGAACUACUUGCUCCUGCUGAACAAAUGCUUCCAUAGUGAUUAUUAUUUGUAACUAAGUUACGUUCGAUCAACACAGUCAGAACGUUUGUCUUGAAGAGCUAUUGAGUGAUCUAAUGUUGCGAUAUUCAUAGUUUUUAGUGGAGACUGAUCUGGGCGAUUUAAUCCCUUAUCAAGAUGGAGCAAUCUUUUGUUCGUUCCCAUUUAAUAGCAACAAAAACAUUUACUGUAAUUGCCGUGGAUGCGCUGUGGUUAUCAGUCCUUAGAUAUGACACACCAGUCGGGGAAAUCAAGAGCCCACAAACUGACUAUUUGGAAUUCUUAUCCCACGCAGGUCUGAGAAAUGAGAAAUAUACCAGCCCGGGUAAAAAGUAAAACCAAUUCAAUCAAAAAUUAAUUUUGUGACAGUAUAAAUACAGUUAUUAAUGUGUCUUCGAAACUCAGUACAUAUAAAUAUAGGACCCAAAUACUCGGAGCUCCUUGCCUGUAUGAUUACACGAAAGGCCGAAAGGUGUUUGUCUGUGAUUUCUCUAAAGCUAAACUAAUUUACAAAAUAAAAAGGUUCUUGAGAUAUUUUCUCUCUGCGUAGUCAUGAACAGUAUGACUUGAUAACGUGCAUCUCUGUUUAUUCGUAAAUGUUUUUACAAGGUCCUAGUGGAUAAAUAUUUUCUCAGUUUAUAUCGGUAUGAUUUUGACACCUACGUUAAACAAAGCUGCAAGGCAAAGUCCAAUCAGUAAAUCCCUUAAUGUCAAGUUAUAUGCAUUGUCACAUAUGUAUACAGUACUUUAAAAAUUUUCACAGCUGAUUCAUUUUAGAUUUCUAAAACGGAGUCUUGGCCUCCCGCCCUAAAUCGUCUUUCACGCAGCGCUAAAUAGUCGGGGCUAGAUUCUGAUAUUGAGUAAUAGCCCUGGUAUUAGUUGAAAAACGCUUGGUUCAAGACUGGUCUAAAUAUUGACUUGCUAAUUUUCCCCACCCGAUUCAAGAACAGACUUUCGCGUUUUUUUUCUCUUUUUUCUGUCAUACUCCUUAACUUCUGCUUGUCCAUUAUCAGACAGUUAGAUUAAACCCUAAAGCGUAGUCCUUGAAAUUCACGUCUUUAGAGAGCAAAGUCCUGUUUGGAUUGAAUUGAAUGAUUUGGGUGAAUUUACUUAUUUACACUGCACACCCCCUCCCCCUCUUAAAGAGCGUUGAACUGAUUGUAAUGCCGAAUCGUACAGGAACUUGCCUUGGUAAAAAUCUAAGUACUGUCCUUAUUUCUCGCCUGGCAUCCUGAAAUCAACUUUGUCUUCCGCUUCGUUGAACAGAACUUCUUCGUGCGGAAUUUCACGUUUGUGCCUCUAGCUUUGUUUGACCACUCUGAACUAAUAUUGUCGCAUUUUAUGACUCGUAUCUUAUUGUAUAAGUUUCCGUAUUAAAUAUAUAGGAUACCCGGAGAUAAAGAAUUUUCUGAAUUGUGGGAAGAUUUUCCUGGUUAAGGGUCCGGGAGCCGAGUCAAGGACUUGACAAAGGUACAAACCAAGCUCAGAUUAAAAAAAAAUUCAGGAAGACAGGAAAAAAAUAUAGUGACGAUCUUUGUGAAGUUUACCAAGCUCAGAUUAAAAAAAAAUUCAGGAGGACAGGAAAAAAAUAUAGUGACGAUCUUUGUGAAGUUUAGGUGGAAAUUAAAUUGGAGGUUUCCGUUACGUAGUGGUAAAACUGAUAUUACAGAACCGGUCUCAUAUCAUACUGAUGACAUGAAAUUGGCACAUUUUACAAGUUUAGACAAGUCUAAGAGAGUUAGGCCCGUUUCAAACGUCGUGCUGCUGCCGUGCCGAACCCAGUUCAUAAAUUAUAAAUACAUUAGAAUACAUUUAAAAGUUUGCUGAACAGUUUCUUUAUUAUUGUGUUUUGUUUUCGGCAACAGCCGAUCUAUUCGACUGAACUAAAUUCGACGUCUGAAACCAAGUCGUGCUAGUGUCGUGCUGGAGUCGAGCUACAGUUGAGCCAUCUUAGCAAGGCAGUAGCACGACGUUUGAAACAGGCCUAAGAGAGUUAGGUCUACUAUAAGAGAAACCAAAGGAAGGUCGAUUAAUAAUUUUAAAGUGUUGGAAUACUGGAAAACUUUGGCUAAAAUCCAAAGUUUGUUCGGCGACAACAGAUAGAGUGGUCGGCUUGAACACGUGCAUGGCGAAACAGCAAAACCACAGAACUUUAAUGAUAUUCACUUUUCAUAUCCUUUGAAGCGAAACCUAGCGAACUGAAAACUAAAAGGUUAGGAUAUUUAUAGUCGGAUUUGCCGCGUGCGCGUAGCCACUCGUCAACGUAAAGAUGACAGCAAGUCAUUUCUGUGAAUAAAGGAUGUGGACAGGACUUCCCGAACUCUUGAGUAAAUGAUUUCCUUUAAAAAAAAAAAAAGUAUGUAGAACUAAACCCUAUUUAUUCUGCAUCAGUUUUCGCCGAAUGGUUGCGGCAUUAAUUUACGGUCGACAGCUUUCGGUGAAAUUGCAAAAUAGCUCAAAAUGCUCUGUGCGAGCAUUUGGAUUGACCAGUCAGAAAUUACAACACAAUGUUUCUGCCAAGGCUAUCUUCUUCGCUGUUUUAGUAAAAAGAACAAAUCUCUGUCGUUUUAUUUCUGUGGUUAACGUUUUUGAAAUGGCUGAUGAAUUCAUUAUUUAGAAGUGGAAGCAAUUUUAUCGCAUUGUUGGUUAUUUUCAAUGUUUUGUCUCGGCAAUUUGCGUGGGCUUGACUGACGUCAUGACCUUCGUUCAAUACAAUGGUCGAUUAUGAAUCGCUCAGUCGUACGUGUACAUGAAUUAUUCACAAUCACUCUGUGAACACAAAACAGAGGUGCUGAAAAAUGGCGAGAAGAAUAUUUUUCUCAGUUGCUAACGGAGGAAGAAUAUGUAGCAUGCGAAAUUAAAAUUGUGAAAAGUUUUGCUUUGUUUGGUUUGCUUGUCUCCGAAGGGCGUCGAUGCCACCACUUUCGUUUGCGGUGUCCUCGUGACGUAAUUCUCAGUUUUUCGUGGAGAUCGAAAAGGAAUAACAACAUAUAAAAUUAUAUUUCUAGAAAAACAUUAUAUCAGCCAUCUUUUUUAGUGAUAGUUCACAUCCUAACGAACAAACUGGUGGAUACAUUUCAAUUUUAUUUCCCCAAGAUCAAAAUUUACUGGCAGACAAGAAUUUAGCACUGAUGACAGUACAAUGAAUGCCGUAAUAGUAGACUUCGCUGUUUAGUCAUGUGCUUCCUUGUUAUUGGUCAACUUACGAUUUGCGCUUCCACUCCGACAGGUCGCUAGCCAAUCAGAAGGGUGAAUUCCCAGCAAGAUAUCACGUCAAAUAUAAAGAGCGACAGGCGACUCGCCGAUAGACGGCAGUUGGUUGUCCGCCGGUGUCGCCCCGUGAAAACAGAAGCACGGCGCAAAUUUUAAACACAUGAUUACUUCCGCGAAAUUUCGCGACCGCUUCACUGUUAUUUUCGUGGACCUGGAUUUUGUGUGGCCUCCAGAAUGUGAACAUGUCUACAAAUGAAUCCGUUGAACAACAAGUAACUUCGCUUCACACGGGCAACGGCCUGCCGCAUGCUAAUGAACUUAAAACACUUCAAGAAAGCAUCGGUCCUGGAUUUAAUCGUGCCGACUCUCACGACGUAAACGUUAGCAACGAUAACUCCGUUAAGAUGCCUCCUUUAAACCCGAAUCAGCUCAAUUCUACCGUCGCUGGGUCCUCUCACAACAUAAACUUUUCCCACUCAGAGCAACCUAGCUUAACUCUGAAGAAAGAACCGAACGACGCUGGACCAAAAAAUAUCGGCGAACCACUUCGGUUUGAGGUUAAUAGCGCCGACCGUACGCCGGCCGAUGGUCUGGUGACGGAGGAACCUUUAGAAAUUCAAUGCGGAGAGAACGCUGCAUUGCUUUACGUUUCUAAAUUAUGCCAAGGAAGCAAAGGGCCUUGUAUUUUAUUUCAAGGAGAAUGGCUGACUCCCAACGAGCUCCAGUACAUCAGUGGAAGGGAAACCGCUAAAGACUGGAAAAGGAGUAUUCGGUACAAAGGGAAAUCUCUGAAAAGCUUGAUCGCCCGUGGACUAAUCAAGGUUCACCCACCAAUUUGUGAUUGUCUGGGAUGCCGAAUUUCAUCACCUGUGGUAAGAAAAUAUAUUUUUUAUCUCUACAACAAGCCACUGAUUGUGAUAUGCUUUAUUUUCAGUAGAACGUGUGUGACAAGUUGGAGAAGUUACUCAACAGAUGCAAAAGCAUUCUUUGGUCAUUCUCACAGCUGAUGGGUCAAUUUGCAUGCUUCGUCUACAAUUUUUUUUCUCUUUCAUUUACGCGGUUUGAAUUUGUUAUGAGGUAUUAUAAACGAAGCUGUAGACGGUUUUAUUUCAACUCCUGCUCCAAUAUCAAUAAUUUCUUUCCAACGAGAUUCAUUAACGUAUAAAAACCGGCUAUUAUCCGUCUCUGGGUCGACUCAUUAUGAUAACAACGGCCGCAGUUUAGAAGAAAUGGCCCUAGAAAAUUCAAUGACAAUCUGCGAACAAUGACACUAAGAAGAUUAUAUUUCCACAAAUUCACAAAUAUCUGAUAUUCUUCGCGCGCAGCUUAGCGGUAAGUAUUUUUUUCCUUAUGUGUUUUAAAAGGCACUUGCUCGCGCGUUCGUCUUGUGCUUGCGUUUGCAAACAAUUAUAUCAAAGGGUUCGAAGGGCGGAUCUUGACAGGGCGCCAAAAUUGACAGUUUAACAAUGGCGCUCGAAAGAGUUUCACAGUGUUAUGUCAGCUAGAAUCAACGCAGCUCAAUGUUUCGCACAGAGACGGUGCCCCUCUUGAAAAAAAAAACAUUUUUUAAUCUUUGAAAAUUCAAGGGAUUAAAAUGAUCUGGGAAAUAACUUGAGCGUUGAAAUCUUGACUUUGCGCUGAUUUCUUUGACGUGCUUGACAAAAGUUUCUUUUUCACUCUUCCAAAAUGAAAUACUGGAGAACCAGGAUUUUUUUUAUCAUUUGCUGUCAAAAAAAUCCUUUUCUUUGAUUGCAUUUCAUCGCCAUGCCUUGCACGCUUCAUGCUCAGCACGUUUAUAAAUAAUGAGCUUUUAAAUUAUCCUGAUUAUUCUCCCUUGGUACAUAAGGGAGGAUGCAACAGCCCCCGGCUUUUGACAGACGAACAGCUUGACAGCUUCUGACAAUGCAUUUUGGUUUGAACGAAUCAAAUCGUUUCCGGCUAAAUGUGGAAAUGCCAAAUCUAAAUACUGUAUGUCGUAAAGCAGCACAGCACGCUGCAUGGCGCUGACUGGGUAUACAAUAAUUUUUCUUAAUAGUGCGCAAAACGCAACACUGAGCACGACAUUUUCCAUUUAACGCAUUGCCAACGAUAUUUACAAAAUCUAUGCCUGCCUCAAUGUUUCCAAAAGAAAAAAAGAGGGUUAUUGCUCGUUUAUUUUUCUGUUUAUCAAACGCAGAUAGACUGACCCUAAUUUCCGAUAUGUUCCGUAGCAUAUGGUUUUAAAAACGAAAGGAAAACCCUGGGAACCUGAAGUGCUAAGCUUAGGUCAAAUGUCAUGAUUAAACACGGCUUCACUUGAGUACCUUUUGUCUUUUUAAGACGCCGUACGAAUUUUAUCACGUACGCACCAAUAUUUGCAUUUUCUCCUCUCCAGAAGUGCUGGAUUCGAGUCUCGAAAGGAUGUGUGGAAUUUUUAUUUGCGCGGAGCCCCUUUAGUAUCGUUUUAAGGAAUUUGUAGGAUUAUCCCGUUCCUUAUUUACCUCAACAGUAAGUGUACAUGUCUUUUAAAACGGUGCUAGUGAAAACGGAAAAUAAAUGAGCUCUCGCGGUUCUUUCCACGGAAGUUUGUCCACAUCAUCUCUUUAACCCAGUACGUCAUGUAAUACUGGUUGUGCGGCUUAAUCAAUUGUUUGCGUUCCAUAUCCAUAAACACAGAGCGAGUCCUUUACCAUGUUUAUUGAAGUGAGUAUCUAAGUUUAAGCAUUUGGUUUUCGUUAAGCUUAAAGGCUGGAGAACACGGGUUUCUAAAAUGUGAUCAAGAGGACACUAAUUUUUUCCCCCCACCAGGGAUUUUCACCGAUCGGCAUUGGAACAGGCGGGAAUCUUGUAGCACACAGGUUACAAUGAUAACAGCACUUAUCUAGCUUUCCCUUGUAUCCUGCAAACAGAACCGCGGACGACUUGCCAGCAAAUGCAGUGUGUCCUCGCCGCCUUCACCAAACAGAAAGAGAAAAGAGUCGGCUAAACAUCCGUGGCGACAAGAUGGUUUUGAAACAGGGCUGGCUUUUACUGGUGCAAGACAAAACUCGUGUAGUGAUCUUGACAACCGUAUAAAUUCGUCUGCAGCGAGAGCUAGUGUUGAUCAAAGAGCUUCUCCUGUUGAUUCAAACUCUUCCACUACCUCGGAGUGCUCCGAGCCUGCAGACGACUGCCCUUUCGAUCCACCCUCGUCUGAGCCGAAACGAUCCCGGAGCGCUUCGCCUGAAAACUCCGCAAAACUGGUCACCAUGAAACGAAAAACAGGUUAGUGAAUACCACAGCUCAAAACUCCUACAGAUUUUGCUCUCGAAAAAAAGCGUAUACGGUGUCGUUUUAUUGAUUCCUUGUUUAGUUCUUUGGGUAAGAUAAUAAUAUACUGUCUCAGCUGAUGCGAGCACCGGCAGCAAAAAAUAAAAUCGCUACAUGUGCACUGACAUAUGGAAGAAAUUCCUUGCUUUUGUUGGUGACGAAGAAGAGAUAACUUCGCAGCUGUUGGUAUGAGGGGAACAAUAUUUCAAACUGGAAAAAUUGAAUGUCAUGGCUUUUGGCCAGGUCGUUUUGGGAAUUUUGACAAAUUUUUUGUAUUUAUAAAUAAUUAUAAGGCUUGCAGGAGACAUUAAAUUAAUGGAGCCAUAAAUGAAUCGAAUUUAAAAAAUGAUAUCUAUACACAUAUAGUCUCGUCUCGUAUGUCGCUGAACUUCGUUUUGUCUGUCAAAAAACUGGAAGGUUAAAAAUAUAUAAUUAUAUUUUUGCAGCGGUGACAAAGUUUCGAAACAUAAUAUCAAUUUUCAAAAAAAGGCUUCUAUAUUCACUACAAAUAUCUGCCUUAAAGUUUUUAAGAUGACAAUUUGUGAUCGUCUGAAAGGCAUUUGUGAAAAAAGUCGAUAUAAUUGGCGCGAGUUCUCUUAAAAAUUAAAAUUCACGUUCAAAUCGGCUAUGCAAGAAAUCAUGGGUUGUUUCUUUUCAAAUUUUGUAUCUUGUGAUCGAAACGCCAAUCACCUUCGGCCAAAGAUCACUUAUAUUCUAGCAAAAGGUCAAUUCAUUAAAACAUCAUUUAAUCGAGUCAAAAUCCUUAUUUGAUUUUCAAAUUCUAAAGCUGCCGAACGCCUACACACAGAGAAGCUAGUGAUAUUUUUAGCUUUCCAGAUAGUGAUUGCGGGGUUCACUCUGGAGGUCUUUCUCCAAGUCUUCAUGACUUUUCAGUUGAUUUUUGUACGUACCUUCAUGGUGGUAAAGGAAAUCUGAUAUGCUCAUUGAAUUACUUUUCGAGCAAACAAUAUUUCCUUGGGGAGCUUUGCUUUCCUCCCCUUGCCUCCACUUUUAAUCCUUUCGCCAUUUCGCCCUUCACGAGCCUCUUUCCUCUUCUUCCUAGUUUCAAAAUUGUAGCCUGAAAAGAUGCAAUUUUGCAAACACGGGUAUCUUUCCCAGAAAAAUUCAAAGUUUGAUUUAUCUAGUUUCCAUUUGCCCUGAAGAAUGAAUGGCCUUUGGACAGAAUUUUAUAUUGUUCUCUAAAGCUGAAGCAUAGUAAUUUCAUUCAUCCCUGUCAGUUUUUUGAUUCAAGAAUGGAAUCUGAAAUCUUUUGCACGAAAGUUGUACAAUGGAUGUAAGAUUUUGAUUACUUACUACGCAGAAGAAAUACAUCGUCUUAAAGUUUUUCUAAUAUCAUGAAAGUACAUCUGCUGUUUUGACAUGAACAGACAGAACACUGUUGUGAUUAAACAAAAAGAUUUAUAACUGCUCUGCCUGUUGUGUUUUCAAGACUUCUGAUAGCUUUGGCCACUGAACUGACACAAGUUCUAGGAAUUAAGUCAGUUCGGGUGACUUUAGGAAAUCUUGUUCUUUUUGAAGUGUCGUCAAGCUCAAUUUACCGCUCUUUGCUUGAACGCGAGCACCAAGUUUUGACAUGUCCAGAAUUCUGAGAUAUGUUAGUUUAUUUUUAAGUUGAUUUAUGGCUGCAACUAAGAACGUUGAGGACCGCAAAUAGAAAUUCCUUGUAGUUGGUUUAUUGGACGCUCCGCAGUGCAAUGGCUGCGAGCGCCAAGCAGUUCCAGUGACUACGUGAGAAAAUUCGUGACGUCACAGCACGCUAAAAAAGAAAAAAAGUCUAGAUAGUUCUUCCAACUGACUGUCUUAAAAGGUUUUCACUUGGGGUCUGAUACUGACUUGUUUUAAUUUCAAUUUCUUUUUCGUGCGACUUUAAGAUUAAACUCGUCGCUGCAUGCUUCUAAGUUAAGACCAUUUUCCGGAUAUUCUUUGAGUACGGAAAUCGUUUUGAUACCACUGCGAGCAGGACGGAGUUUGCAUGCAAAAUGUAAAGCUCCGUUUUUGUCAUUUUUUCCCUAACCCAUUCAACUGUAAAGAAAUGACAACUUUAUUUACCUCGUUAAGACGCUGAUGCAUAUGGGUAAAAAUCUCGUUGUUUCGUGAUAAGUUUUAUCCUAAUCGGGCUACGUUGAGUCGUCACACAUCAACCCCUCUUCUUCAAUAUGCGCUCAUUCUCCGCAGGAAAUCAGUUAGUGAGCUCGAGUCUGUAUUUGCCAGCGUGACCAUGUCUAGUAUUUUGGACGCUCAUAACGUUCGCCUCUUUGGUUUUAUUAAUCGUCUGCGGGAUAAAUAUAAUUAAGAGGUUUUUGAAAGAAAAGUUUAAAACGAAAAGAUGUGAACGUGGCGCUAAUAUGUCGACAGAGGUUAUGUCUUCUGCAAGCUGAGCAUUGCAAGAAGGCCACAGGAAAUAUUAAAACAAGUGAACUAGAAUUAUUUUAACUUAAUAAUAGAUUGUACAAGUGGCUGCAGAUGAUCGCCCCUCUGUCCUUAAGUUUUCUUUAGAAGUAGUAGUUCCGCAAAUGUAUAUGCACUCCUUCGGUGGUAUUCACGCACAGACUAAAGAGCAAUACUUUACUUUUGAUUUUUUUAUGUAGCGCAAAGUGAUUCUUUUCUUUAGUAGAUCUUUGAAUCUUUUACUUUACUCCUUUUUUUUUUUUAUUCCACCGGUAGGUGCAUAGGAUGUAUAUGUGUGGCUUUAGCUUUUAAAUACAGGAAUUUCUUAUGGAGCUGCGUUCAUUAUAUUAUGCUGCAUAGUAGUGCUCUAAAUUUAAAAAGCGGAUGACGAAAUCUCCAGAAUUUGAUCAAUCAGACGAAAGUUACUCAACUGGGCAGUGCCUUCUUGUGAUGCUGUUUUAUAAUGGAGUGUGCUCGUGCCAUACAACGGUGGUGUAGGUGAAGGUGGUUCCUUUGAUGAGUGUGUGGAUGACUUUUUGGUGUGGUAAUUCAAGUGAAUGAAAGCUCCUGAUCAAUUCUCGAUCCCUGAGCAGUCAUUAUUUAUGGUUCAAAAGUUAGUCACUGGUCUAAAUUUCCAAUCCGUGGAUGAAUUCAGUUCUAUUAACGAUCGCUAAGGUUCAAGCUUCCGCUACUCUGAUACUGGGCAGAACUUUCCUGUGGUGCGGUUUAUUUUGCACAGUUCCGAGUGUUUCUAAAGGUUUUUAUCGGUGCACUCGAUCUUACUUGUGGGUAUUCAGAGCAGAGCUUCCUUCUGCUAAUCUUUCUGAUGCUCUGUAUCAGUGGAAUGUUAAUUAAAUCUCCAGUUUUAGCUUCAGGGAACAGACGUCUCGUUGAAUGCCAGACGUCUCUCUCAACCUUUCACCAUUGCAUGAAUUUUUUGUGUGCAGAUGAUAUAGUAUGAAUAUAACUGAUCCCUACUUUCAUGUGGUGCUGUUAAGGCUACAAUCGCUGUAUGGUGCGACUCUGGUGUAAAAGACGAAAACUUAAUGGUGUUACUGAUAUUAAAAGUUGCGCACCCAUCGUUCUCUUUCCAAUGCGUCACACUGUUAGUACGAUAUGUUUUGUACAAUGAUUCCAAGUUUUAUAAAAUUGUCGAUUUAUUUCGAGGACCUCAAUUUCCCCACACAUGAUGAAUGGUUGCUCCGAGAUAAAAGGAUAGCUUAGAGAAACAGAUACUUCAGAAAAUCUCUCAUUCUAAAUAUCAGAAAAAAAAAAAAUAAUCGUGGUCGAGUUUGAUCACGUCUUGGACACGAGUCACGUCCCAAGGGAAGCUUGAAAGGUGGAUAUUGCGAACUCAGACGACGCUCUAAACUCUCGGAAGUUCUUCAGAAAAUUUAGUACUUUUAUAACGGCUUGGAAAUUAGUGCUUCGAAUGUUGUAAGCGAGGGUCGCAGGGACGUUCUUUAGUUGAUGAAACAACUUGCUAAUUGAAAGUCUUAAAACCUUUGUGAAAUCAUGCAUCGCAAAACACUGAAGCAAAAUGAUUGCAUGUGAAACUGUAAUUGCAAAGUUAAGGUUGAAUGAAUGAGCGUCAAAUAUUCUAUGGAUUAGAUGCAAAGGUAAUCAGAACUUUAUAACUUGUCACCUUAGCUCUGGGAUUGACAGAGUUCACCGUACCAUUACAUUACAUAUUUGAUACCUAUACUGGACCUCUGCAGAGCACGUGCAAUCAUCUUAUAACUUGAUUUUCUCGUUUAUCAGCCGAUAGAUUUCAGUUUGACCCAAGAAGCACGUUUUUCUUCCGAGAUCUUCCAUCGGAAUACACGUCUGUAUCGGCGGCAGCGGAGGUGUCCAAGAUGGCGCGUAAAGAUUCAGCAUCCCUUGAUCUGACUAAUCAUCAUCGCGGCCCCCACGAAACAGGAGGAUCCUCUGGUGGACCUCCAGGGAGCAGGAGUGCUUUCAGAGCGGUGCACCAGGGUGAGUCAUUCCUUGCACCCACCUCAGAAGGGUCUUAUAUGUCUUGGAGCACUAUUGAUAGACCUCUUUAGCUUGUAUGUUUUGUUUUCCUUAUGUAGGUCACGUGCUAAUACUCUAGAAAACUGUUUCAUUCAAAUUUUGUUUUAUUUACGUGCAUAUGUACGCAUAAUUUGUGAAAAUAUAAAGGGGCACUUUCACUGAGGAAAAAUAACACACCUAAAGCUAAGGAGGUGUAUUCCCAGAAAUAAAUAUUGAAGUACAAUUAAUUUUAAAAGGGAAGAGGUGGAGGUUGGUAGCGGUAGUUCACAGGCAUCAGCUUAAAUAUUGAGGUUCGUUAACUCUAAAAAACACAAAGCACUUUACCAGGAACUAUGACCAGGAUAAAAAUUGAAGUUAAGUAGCGUGGUUUUGUGUUUUUACUUUGUGAAUAAAAUCCCGAUAAUUGUCCCAGUCAAAAGAAAACUAAAGAGAAGCACUUGUUAAUGGACCUUUCUGCCUUGGGUAGUUCAUACCUUAAAUGCGCUUCACGUCCAUGUAAAGUAACUGUUUGUCUUGUUUUGAAUGUCCCUAGAUGCAUUAAAUUCACACAGUGAAAUGGCCGGUGAAAACGUUUACAACGCCGAAGCCCUUCAGCGAGAGCUUGCCUCAAGAGAAACAAAGAACUCCAAACAACAACAACAAAAGCCACCAUCAGUGAACUGUCAGCCAACCUCCUUCAACCCAUUCACUCAACUUCCCAGCCCCUCCCCUCUUAUCAGCCCCUCUCAUCCCUCCCCGAGACUUUUACCAGAUCCCCUGUUAUUAGCUUCGCCGCAUGGUUCAAGCAUUUACCAUCAAGCGUUGAGGGGUAGCUUAUCUGGAGUUCCGCCAGCUGCUUUGCAUCAGAGUCUAAUGCACUACAGACUUCUCUCUCCUCCAAACCCGCACAGUCCACUGGCGCAGAACAUUCCACUACAAUCGUCCUUUGCGGCCGCAGCAGCCGCAGCUCGGGCUGGUCUCCAGGGCCUUCCGGUCACACACGCUUCCUUGACAAUGCACCGUUCAUCCAGGUCUUCGUCGCCUAAGAACAAUACAAUAAUCAACGGUCAAGUUGAAGAGAAUAAAAACUUAACAAGUUCUCGAACCACGCACGCGGAGGAAGAGAAACACGAGGACAAGGAUGGCUAUCAUACGAAAGAAACCGAAACCCACAACUGCAACCAUACUACGCAUCCUCCGGUUUCCGACGGCGACUUCGUGGCGGGAAGAAGUCCCGAUGUUUCCACGGGUUCCAACGAAAGGCAUAGCCCAUUCGCAACACCUAAGGCUUCUCCAAAUGGGAAAGAGCUUUCUUCGCGAGUUUCACCUCACAAAGUAGUGCCUCGCUUUCGGCCGAACUUGAGCGAAAAUGUCCUGGAAUGGAGUGUUGAUGAUGUCUGUCAUUUCAUAUCCUCUCUUACUGGUUCCCAGGAUAUUGCGCAUGCGUUUAGAGAAGAACACAUAGACGGACAUUCACUUGUCUUAGUGCAAGAGGAUCAUUUAUUGAACCGGAUGUCAAUAAGGCUUGGUCCUGCACUGAAAAUCGUGGCGCAAAUAAAGAAACUCGUUGACAACUUGGAAAUCCAAGAAAACGGCUCGAACUAAAGUUUAUCAUUUUUGCUCACAGACGUGAUAUAUCUGAACACCGUUUUCCUGUAACUUUACCUUUUCUUCCCAUCGCGCGCACGAGCCUUAAUUUAUUUAAAAAACUCAAAGGACUCAAAGCCUUUGUGGUAUGAAGAGUCGCAAAACCUUUACGACAAUUCAAAAGGUUAGUCUGCUGCCCAGACAAGCCGCCGGACCGACCCGAGACCCCGCAAAGCGGAGAUGUCGGGGAAUGUUGGACCGCAAACUUCGUAUUUCCGUCUCUAUCAUCACUAACUCUACGUACGUGAGAUCAAGACUCAAUUGACAUAGUUUCCUUAUCUUCGAACUCGAACAUUCCUUUGGAUUCCGUUACACGACGAAGGUUUUCCUAAACCAAUUAUCACCAAUUACAAAAGAUUCUCGCUUCCCGGGUAGCAAUCAUUUCAAUCGAUCAUGUCGCAGUUGUUGACAUGAAAGUGCAAAUGAAGUAGUAUUUAAGCUCACCUAAAAAUGUCCUGAAUCAUCCUCACAAUGUGUGCUUCACGUGUUUCAAAGCGUAAUCCGGUCUGUCAAUAUACAUAGCUCUAGGCGUUAUGCCAAUUGAGGCUCGUUAGUAUUACCUACAAUAGGUCAAGAGCACGCGGUUAAAUCUCUAGCGGAAUUUCCGCUCGCAUUCCAAUUAAAACUUUCAGCAUCACGUAGGAGUGAACAGUUGUUUUUCGUGUUGAAAUACGCAUGUCCAACUGAUUUUGAUACCUAAGGUUUUCAGCUGAAUAGUUUUUUGAACAAGUGUGGAAAGGCAGAAAAAGGAAGAGGUGAUUAUUUUAAAAAUUUGCCCUUUUGAAAGCGCAAAACUAUAUGGGAUGAUAAAAUCUUUAUUCUCGCUUUUUCAGAUACUAGUAGACUGUUACAGUUUGCUUGAAUUACUUUAUUAUAUGAUAACAAAAAAGAGAUUUAUAAAUUUGCCGUUUUAGAUGUACACUAGGAUUACUUCAGAGAUAGAAGGGCGCGCGGAAUUUUGCCUCUGGCGACAAGACGCAUGCGCGCAACGCGGGAACAUUCCACGCGCUCUACUAUCUGAAAAAGGUGGGUCAGUUCAAGUUGUCAGCGAACGGUGGGUAACAAAGGCAAAAUGGUGCAAACAUUUAAAGCCAAAUACGCUCUUACAACGACUGGUUUAAAUUUUGUUUUGCAUUAACAAAAAAACAACAACAAAACAUUUUUUUAAAAAAGUAAGGUAUGGCAACGAAGACCUUGCCAUUAUUUGGAACGUGCUUCGCUCAGAAACCUUUUGAAAUUCAAAGAAUUCAGCGAGUUGUAUCUUUGAAUUCACUUCAAAUGUGAGUCUCAAAUUUAAUAAUUUGGGAAAGGCUAUUUAGCUUUAUUUUUGAGUAGCAACUUUGAAUUCCCGCUGUCUUGCCCUGGUUACCCAUAAGGCAGUCAAAAGUGUGAACUGACUUAAACGUAGUCUGACGCCAAAUAGAUCAGAAUCGAAGCGUUAUAAACGCUUUUCUAUUUUCCAUAGAUAUUUAGAGACACGAGUCUAUAACAGAGUUUUGCGCCUGGCGUGCCAUUGAAAUUGUGUGAGAAUUAUUUAUAAUUUUACUUUAACUUGUUCCGUUUAAUUUUGAAAUUGUUGUAAUAAUGGGAAAUGUCUCGUAAAGGCUUUGAAGUUUCAAAGGAUAGGACAUUGAUACAAUCCCAUGUUAGGUUAGGGUUUGUUGUUUUAAAUAAGCCUUUGCUUUAUGGUCGGUGCAGGUUGCCGUAAAAGAGAAAAAUUUGUUGUACAGAAAAAAGUGUGACGAUUAAUAAACGGAAAAUAGACUGUUUGACAUGGUAUUUUUGUAAUAACAGUAAACAAAAGCGUUACAUAAUUAUUUACUUUUGAAUUUGAUUUUAAUUGGAAGGGAUCUCACGGACAAAAUUUGUGAUUAACGCGAGAUUCUAGCUACGAUUGGUGUUAGUAAUUUAAUGUUACACCCCUAAUAUAGAAGAGCUGCUUAGCUUCGAAAGGACGUAGCCCACGUUUUACAUCAAAACAAGAUCAUUCAACUCGAAUAGCUACUCGUAUGUUCAGCAGCGCAGUCCAAUUCUCUUACUCUGUCGCUCGCUUUCAAAACAUAAGCCGGGUAGUACAUAAUCCUUGCGAUGUAAACAUGCCCGUGGGAAUCAACUGAUAAUCUGAUUGGCUGGAGUCCACUCGAGUUCAGAGUGAUGUGAUGGCCAUUGCGAAGAAAAAAUAGCCUUCGAGUAGACGAAAACAGGCUUUUGCUGAGGAAUAAUUGUAUACUAUACAAAACAUUUACUUGAGGCUACCUUAAAAUAAGGGGGAAAACACUAGGGACUCUAUAAUUGUAGGGGAUACCCCAGUCUUAAAAAGCCCGUAAGUCCUGGUUUAGACUUGCCUACAAGUCGAGCUCAGUAUUUUCACGAGCGCGAAGCGCGAGCGGUUGGGCCAAAUAAUGGAACAGGAGAUGGGAAGCGAAGGACUUUGGGAAAGUCUAGUCCUGUUUUCAUGCUCUUAAAUUUGCCUUAUUGUUGACUUAACAGCACAUUAAUUAACGCAGAUGAUAAGGACAGUUUUCAAGUUUAAGCAGAAAAGGCAGCAUCAACUGGCAGCGUGUCUAUGGUCUGUUCCAAGAGGGGCCUGAAGUGC